AUGAGCUCGCUGUGGGCCAGACUGACGUCGCGUGCCAAGAAGCCCAACGGCCUCGUCGGCACCGACCUCCUCGGAAACAAGUACUACGAGAUCCCCACCUCGUUCGGCCGACCGAAGCGUUUUGUCGAGUACGCCGAGCCGGGCACCGAAGGCUCCAAGGAACGUAUGAUCAACAGUGGCAAUUACAGCAACCGGCUCGAGUAUCGCUUGGGUACGCAGCAGCUGCCCGUGCAGUGGACGGCGUGGAUGAGCUUCACGCGCGCGAACCCGCCGACAAUGGACGAAUUGAAGCGCGACUACGUGCGCCAAGAAAGGCUCCGGCAGCGCGUCGCCGAGAUUGAGGAGAGGGAGAGACUCGAGCGCAUCGAGCAGGGAUACCUGAACCCGGACGGGAGCGAGAUCGACCCCGACCGCCUGGAGGCGCCGCGGGACCUGCAGCCCAAGAUUGGCGGCCCCAAGGGCGCCAAGGGCGCGUACAGCUAUGCCGGCGCUGGCAAGCCGAGCAGCUACGCGAGCCAGAAGCCGUCGGUCGCGCAGGCGCGCGGGUUCGAUUUGCCCCCCUCCGCUGUUCAGGAGGCGUCCAAGGCUAUGGGGCAGGAGAGCUACCUCGCCCCGCCGCGCGAGAAGGUGGACGCGGCGCAGCACGAUGAUGCCGACGAGCUCCGCAGGCUCGCUAUGGAGGACACGAAGCGAAGGAUGGAGGAGAGUGGCGUCACGGAGCAUCGUGAGCAGGAGGACGUGCAGGGCCUCGGACAAGGCUUCAAGCCUGCGCCGCGGCGGCGGGGCUAG